AUGGCAUCCGAGGAUCCAGACGAUCAGACCUCGUCUGCGUCUGGAAGCACCAAUGUGAUGGCCCGCAAUGACGGGCCCUUUGUCUUGCGCACGUUGUUGGACGAGGUGCCCUUGUCGGCGGAUGGUGCUGCAGAGGGAAUAAAGAUCAACUGUGUCGACUAUUUGGAUCACAACCUUUACGUCGGCACGAGCGCAUCCGAACUGCUUCACUUUGUCCAGAUCCCUCCCGACCCAAACGACCCGGCUGGACGACCGUCCUUCAUACUUGCCUCCCGACUGCGACCAGCAUUUGCUGAAACUAGCAACUCCCGCCCCGGCAUCCAGCAGAUCCUCCUCCUUCCCAAGGUUGGGAAGGCCUGUGUCCUCUGCAACUGGACCGUCACAUUUUACUCUCUCCCCGAAUUCAGCCCGGUAUUCGGGACUACGCAAGUCAAGAACUGCAAUUGGGUCGGUGGUGUUGACCUAAACGACCCUCAAGAUGAUGCGGGCGACCCCUCCGCGGGGGUCUUCAUCUGCUUGUCCUUAAUGCGAAGGAUUCAGGUUGUGAGGAUAGGGGAGGUUGCACGAGCAGUCAAGAAUAUCGAUGUACCCGGGACCACAAUAUCAGUCCGCCGGGACUCCAUCGCAUGUGUGGCAGACGCCAGGAGCUACUCUUUGCUCGACGUUGACAGACAGCUGCGGAUUCCUUUGAUGACCAUUUCCUCACUGGAUGAUUCACAACCAGCUGGAGAAAUUGGCCAGGCUCAGGAUAUUGCCGGAAGCGCCGACGGUGGGAUCUUGAGGAGCGCCUCCGCAGCGCAGAACCGGCCGCUCCUGUCUGCCGGUGACCACCAUGGGCAUGCUAGAACAGACGACCGCAUGGCCCAAGGAUCGUCACCGCCAACGCCCUCUGCCAGUCCUAGGCCUUCGGGCGAAGGACCUCGGCCUCCGCUGCCGACAGACAAGCCUCUACCCGCUGCGCCAGGAAGUGCGCGGGCAGAGACCUCGCCAACGAAGCCGACCCCCGUCUUCCUGAAACCGCACAUUGUCUCGCCGACUGCUGAAGAGUUUUUGCUUGUCACUGGCACGGGUCCAUUGGAUCCCGGUAUCGGAAUGUUUGUGAAUCUCGACGGUGAUCCUACGAGGCCCACAAUCGAGUUCGAUAGGUACCCCCGAGAAGUCGUGGUCGAUGGUGGAUCAUCCGACCUUUCACCGUCGAAGAUGUCGCUAGAGGUAGACGAGGAGGGGUACGUAAUUGCGUCCAUGACGAAAGACUCUGAUGCAGGAUUGCGACACGGCCUAGAAAUACAGAGAUGGGACGCGGACGGAGCGGAGCCCGAGACGUCCAAGUGGUGGCUUGAGGCAGAUCUAUCGGGGGGACACGAAACGACGCCACUAGGCAUUCGCUCGCUCAUGGGCACCGACGAAACUCAUUUUGAAGAGAUUAUUGACAGACUCUGCCAGAGGAAGUUCUCGCCCUUUUCUGGAGGACUCCCCGAAAACCCCAUAUUCUCACCGAGGACUGCCGACUCGCGUACAGCGUCGUCCUUGGAGCAGAUGACCAAAGAACGAGAGUUGUUUGAGCGCGACGUUGAUUCACAGGAUGAAGAGGCUCUGCCCGAAGGUUGGGAACAAAGCAGGAACGCCGAGGAGGAGGAAUUUGCACGACGGCUUGCGAACGCUAACUCUAGGAUAGCAGUGUGGGCGAACGACCACAUCUGGUGGGCGAUUCGCAACCCCAUGCUGCUGCGACUGGAAGCGAGACUGGAAGCGGCGUGCGAGCAAGACGGGACCUUCAACCCUGCGAAACUGGACCGACGCGCAAUUUUCACGGUGCUCAAUUCAUUCAGGGGACAGGAUGCCAAGUCCGAACUGGAGUUUGUCACCUUCAGUUACCUGCGGCAGCGUGCUGGGGUCCUGCUCCUUACCAACCUGUUGCAUGCGGAAGAGACCCCUUUUACAGAUGCAGAGCUAAAGGCGUUGGAAGAGGUCCUUGUAGACAGCAGCCUGGAUCCCCGCGUCGUCUUGGCAUUACUACCUGGCCUGCGAAACGAGAUUGUCGAGAGCCGCAGAGGGAUCUGGAUAUUUGGCGGUGUCAAAAGGACAACGACGAAUUACCUGGAGAGCGAACACUUCAAAAAGGCCAGUCACACGAUAGGGACCCUCGACAGCAAGGUCGUGCAGUUUUUGCGACGGUUUCUGGCAGCAUGGAGGAGGAAGAAGGGAUUCGGCAGUGUGGCGGACGAAAGCGAGGUGUUCCGGACUGUCGAUGCCGCAUUGUUACUGGUCCUCCUCGAGCUCGACCAGAGUUCACCCAUGGGACUGGCCAAGAAGAGCUCUUCAGUCAGGUCGGAGCUUUACGACGUCGUCGACAAGGGGGUUGACUGCUUCGAACGGGCCGCGUCCCUUUUGGAGUCGUACCACCGUCUCUUUGUGCUCAGCCGACUGUACCAGAGUCGCAAAAUGGCGGGCGACGUUCUCGCGACCUGGCGUCGCAUCAUCGAGGGCGAGCCGGAUCACGGCGGCGAGCUGCAAGAUGGCGAGCAACGGGUUCGGGAGUACCUGACGAAAAUCAGCAGCCAGGCCCUCGUGCGGGAGUACGGUGUUUGGCUUGCGAGCCGUAACCCAAAGCUGGGCGUGCAAAUCUUCGCGGAAGACAAGGGUAAGGCACCCGGGUUUGACCCGGCAGAGGUCGUUGAAAUCCUACGCGAAGAGGCACCCGAUGCUGUCAAGUACUAUCUCGAACACCUGGUCUUCGGCAAGGGCCAUACAGGCUACGUCAAUGAUCUCAUUACAUACUAUUUGGACAUUGUCAUCAGCGAUCUCGAGUCCUCCCAGGAGAGCCGAGACGCGUUUGCCGGCACAUAUACAUCCUACAGAGCAUUGCAGGCCCCCAAACCAACAUACAGACAGUUUCUCACGGACAACGCCCCGAAGACGAUGAGGUAUGGCAGAGUCGCCUACCUACUUGGAGGUGGCCACCAAUACGACGCCGCGGCAAUCAGGGAGCGCAUCGCAACACUGCCGGAUGAGCUCCUCGUGCCCGAGACCAUCAUUCUCGAUGGCCGAGAGCGGCGUCAUGAGGACGCCGUCCGGCUCCUCGUUCACAAGCUGGGCGAUUACGACACGGCUGUCUCGUAUUGUCUGCGCGGCGGCUCCAGCAUCUACACACGUCCCGACGGCAGACGGGAGAGCACGCCGACGCACGACAUGCAAGCACGGUUGUUCCGGGCAGUGCUUGGCGAGUUCCUCGCCAUUGAAGAUGUCAGCGAUCAAAUCGAGCAGACGGGCGCCCUGCUCGAGCGCUUUGGUGGUUGGUUCGACGUAGAGGACGUUCUCGCCCUUGUACCCGACGAGUGGUCCGUCGACGUCGUGGCCGGGUUUCUCAUGACGGCGCUGCGGCGCAUCACGCAGGAGCGGCACGAGACAACGGUCACCAAGGCACUCAGCUCGGCGGAGAACCUGCGGGUGAACUAUGACCUGAUCGCCAAGGUGGACGAAAAGGGCCCGUCGAUCGAAGCCCCUAAUUAG